AUGUGGAGCUCGGUGACUUCUGCUGGAACGGAAAACGGUCCAGCGCCGCCUUCGAGAAGUAAACACAGUGCGACGUUACUUGGAGGUCAUGUUUAUCUUCUAGGAGGCCGCAAUGGAAAUCUCCCACUCAAAGAUCUCUGGAGGUAUAGCCUGGAUUCCCACAUACAAGCACCAAUACUCGGAUCAGGACUUAACUUAUAUGUACUCAAUGAUCAGAUGAGAACUGCUGUUGAAUACCCUCGAGCAAACACAUCUCAUUCGGAUUCUCGUUAUCACGGUUGGUUGAUUGACAUCUGUAUAAUCCAGGCAAUUAAUACUUUAAAUCGACAGUCAAGUUGUUUUGGCAAAAGAAUAUUGAAAUAUAUUUCUUCCCAGCUUAAUACUGAUGAAGAAUUAAUCAAACGACCGUUAUCGGAUAUUCUGGAAGCUUAUGAGGAGUUUGGGAUUCUGAAACGAGAUCAUAAAGGGGAGUUAAAGUUGAAUGACACCGCUCAGUAUCCAUCAGUAGCCGGUUUACGUCUACCUCGUCGUCCCCAAGGCUGUAAAUGCCCGGAUUGCGUUGGAAAAUGCGGGUUCUGUCCGACGCGCAGUGGCAAGAUAGCCAAAAGAAAACCCGCUGAAAGUCGAUGGGAAGAGCUACACCCGAGUGGAGAGCGUCCUCCAGCGCUUCAGGAACACAGCGCAGUUGCCUACAAGGAUUGUUUAUACGUUUUCGGAGGCGAGCUUGGGUUCUCCGCGGGUACUGAAACUCCGCUAUGGGUUUACACAGUCAAGACAAACUCGUGGAGAAAAAUACGAGCCCAGAGAGGGUGUGCGGUACCCAGAGGACGAAGAGGUCACACGGCACUGGUACAUCGAGGACAGAUGUUAAUCUACGGCGGAUAUCAAGAUCUGCGUGGUAGUUCCCCGGAACUGUGGGCGUUUCAUUUUGAAACGGAAUCUUGGCACUUGUUAUCUUCAAGUGAAUGCGGUCCAGCCCCGCGUCAUAAACACUCAGCAGUUUUACACUGCGAAGCGAUGUUUAUCUACGGGGGUAUGACAGAUCUGCAGGAAAGGAAUGACUGCUGGAAGUGGGACGUUAAGUCAGCAACGUGGAGUUUGCUUAAAAGUAAACCAGGACCCGGAGCACUCCACGGUCACGCAGCUUGUCGAUUGCCCAGUUGUAUGUUAAUUUUUGGGGGUGAAAGCAACGGAUCGGCCACUAAUGAUCUUUGGCGGUUUCAUUUUGCGACUGAAACCUGGGAGAGAUUGACCGUGCCAGGUCCGAAGCCUCAACCCAGGGCAGAAAGUGUCGCUCUGGCUGUUUCCGAGCUAGUUAUAAAAGGGAGUGGCGUGCAAGACAACCGGACAAGAUUACGGAGUAAUAAAACAAGAUUUUCUCUUUCCAGCAGUGGAGGUAAUCGGGUAUCGCCGUGUGAAGCUCCCACGAGACCUAGUUUUCUCAAAGAAAUAUCAAAACUUUCGCAGAUAAAUCUCUCGAGACUGAGCCAUCCAAACAAAUGCAGCUACUCGGUAUUGAGCGGACAAGAAGAUACUGAAGAAUGCCCACAAGAUGUUAACUCGUACUAUCCGUUCCAGCAAGUUGACUCGGAGCUAGUUGAGCCGUCGAGUGGGAUGGUGAAAUCACGAAGCGCGAAUGCGUUGGCUCGACGAAGACAGCGUACUUUAGCGGAGGCGAAUAAUAGAUGCAGCUUUGAAAGUUCUUCUUAUGAAGCUAAAAGUGCCCGCAUGACUCGUGAACCUAUUUCCGUGCCAAAUUUUCGGGCUCUGACUCUACCCACGCCUGUUCUCACCCCCGUGGAGGCUGCGAGACUUGUUUUUGUAGAUCCCGACGAGGACAGUGAUGACGACCGCAAAGGAUUAGCGACGACGCGGCUUAUUGAUGUCGCGGAAGAAAAAGCAGACUUUGAAACUCUCCAUCAAGCUUGCCAGCCUACGCGUGGCGAAAGUUACAGUUCCCACUUGUACGAAGCUGUCCAGAGUCCCAAGACACCUUGUGCGACUAAAAUUCCUACAUCGGCGUCUGUACGGUUCGCGGAUUUAGAGGAGGGUGAAGAAUCAACCUCGGAUUAUGCGAGUAUAGAGGCCAGGAGUCCUGGAGAUCCACUGGCCGAUGACGACUGGCCUGAUAGGAAAAAGUCCAAGCAACGCGCUCCGACGAUACGAGAAGGUCAGUUUGGAUUUUGCAAUCCUAAUUAUUUAGGGUUAGAGACUAAUGACGACAAGUUUGCUAAGCUACUUAAUAGUCCGCCUGACAGCGUUCUUGAGGAUGCUUCAGGUAGAUCAGCAUCUCAGACUUUCGCGGAAUUACUCGAGCUCCAGGAAGUAAAACCUCGGGCCCCUCCCAAGAGUUUGGCGCUUGGUUCCCCGUCCAGGAGAGCUGUCAGUGCAUCGCGUGCUGAGAGACAGAGAGAAAAACUUGCUGCCAGUGAAGCUGUCACACCUGCACCGCUGUAUGUUUUUCUCGUAGGCGGUAAGGAAAAAGGUCUCGCUGGUGUAUUCGCAAGACCUGUCUCUCUCUGGAAGCUCCAAUUAGCUCCGCAUAUUUUUUAA